AUGGAUGAUGAUUUUCUCACCUUCUUUCGAGUCGAAGAUAUUUCCUUGAAAGAUAUCGAUAUGAACGUGGAGAGAGAUUACGAAGAUUUUGAUCUCGACGCGCUUUUUUUAAAGAGCAGCAAUGUGACUUUUAGCAGCGAAGAAACAACAACCACGGAGGAGGAAGAGGAUCAAAAGAAGAUGAAGAAGAUAAAGGUCAAAAAAGACGAAGAUGAGGACGAGGAUGCGAUGAUGCGCGCGUUUCUGUUCAACUGCGCGGACGAAUACGUGGAAAAGUUUUGGACCGUGAGCGAGGACGUAUUUUUGAACAAAAUGUGGCAAAAACCUUCGACAAAACCGACUCCGUCGUCGGCGUCUUCAGACGAGACUUCCGAAGAAGACGAAUCUUCGGGUGCUCUGUUUUUGGAUCGAUUGGAAGCGCUCGCGAAGGAGGACGAAGACGUCAAGGCGUUGUUUUUCUUGGACGAUGUGACUCCCGCGGCUGAAGAUGGCAACGAAGAAAAAGGUUUUGAUCUUUCGCGCAUGACGUUGAGCGAGGACAUAAGAGGGAAUAAAAAUGUUCUCGGGGAGAAGUUGGCGGCAAACGUUCGAAGGCACGCGAGAGACGUGUUACUGUUCGAGCUCGAACGCGCUGGAUUUCUCACCGCCGCCGAAAAGAAGACGAAGAAGAAGACGAAGAAACAGGAUGAAAAGGAAGAGGAUACGAACGCGACGAUACCAACCUCUCCCACGCGAACUCCCAAGAAAUCUUCUACGAUACAACCGCAGCCGUGGGAUAAUCUUUCCUUCGCCAUCGAUCGCAUUCGAGAGUUGCAAAAAAGCGUCGUCCAGAUCGCUUCGUCCAGAUCAUUAAAUCCCUCGAAAAACAAUUACGACGACCAAAAAAUCAACAUCGUCGCCGAUAACGUGUGCUCGAGUUUGCGAGAUUUGAACAACAUCGAAACUCGUCAACUGAAUCGCGCAAAGAAGGCGAUGAAAACGACUUUAUCCGUCCCAGACGGGCGCGUGUUGCGAGUCAUCGAAGAUAAGUUCAAACAUUCCAGGAAAGUUGCUCUGGUGGCGUUUGAAAAGUUUUGCGCAAAGACGACGACGACGUGCGAACACAAUUCUAUUCCUCGCGAUGACCAGGAGAACGAUAAAAAGUUGGUGAACACGCCCACUCGUGAUACGAAACAUUUGAAGAGUGAAGAAGAGACGCGCGGCGAGAAUGAUGACGUCGACGACGACGACGACGAUGAAGGAGAAAAAUCGAAACGACACGGGAAACGCGUCAAAAAAAUUCUCUCAGAGUGGCUGUAUGAAAACUUUUAUCCGACGGGCACCAGAAAGCGACCGGUACCAACAAAAGUGGAGAAGAAAAUGUUAGCCGAGAAAACUGGGUUGACGCAAACGCAAGUGACAGAUUGGUUCGUAAACGCGCGGGCGAGGUUGUGGAAACCGAGAGUGGAAGGCAUCGUGCGUUCGGUCAUCGACGAGUUGAAGAACAAGGAAGGAAUGUGA